AUGGUGCAAGUCCUGACGGGGGGUUCCGUAGAAUUCCUCGGGGAGAUGGCCGCGACGGGCCUCGCCAACAUGCGUAGCGUCUUCUACAACGAAGCCGGGGGCAGCAUCGAGCUGAGGUUCUAUGGUGACGCGACUUUCACCAACAACAUCUACCUGGCCAUCGACAACGACGGAGGCAGUGUCAGGAUCAACGGCGAGGCCACUUUCGUCGAGAACGGCAGAAGCUUCGACGGCCACAGCGGGGGUGGUUUCAGCAACACGGACGGAGGAAUUGCCAUCUUCCGUGGCCCCGCUCUGUUCAGCAGCAACACGUGCGACGAGGAUGGUGGCGGAGUGUACAACGGAGAAGGCUCCAAGAUGACCUUCCGUGGCCCCGCUCUGUUCAGCAGCAACACGUGCGACGAGGAUGGUGGCGGAGUGUACAACGGAGAAGGCUCCAAGAUGACGUUCUACCAAAGGACCGAAUUGUACGACAACUGGAGCAAGGACGGGCACGGUGGUGGCAUGGACAACCGCGGGGAACUCAAGUUCAGGGGGGCGGUGCGGGCUACCGGAAACAGGUGCGCGGAGAGCGGCGGCGGAAUCUCAACCGGCAACGGAGGAACCACCACGUUCUAUGGGUGGGUUACGAUCCAGUCCAACGACGCUGGAACGACCGGUGGAGGAAUGAGCACGUACGUCGUUGGCUCCAGCGACGGUGGCAGCGUUAUCGAGUUCCGCAAGCCGGCAAGGGUGGACAUCAGCAUCAACGAGAAGACGGGGGACGAAUUGGGCUGCAACAGCGUCUACGUCGACGAGACCUCCAGUAUCAUCGGCUUCAACGUGGACGAUGUCUGCGAAGAGUCGUGAUGUCUCACAACAACAACAACAACAACAACGUUGGGGAUCAGGGAAGGAGAAAGAGGCCCCCCUCUGUCUUCCAAGCCUGCGGCUGACAUUUAGCACGUACAUACGUGGAAUGUCACUUGAGAUAUUUGGUAGCGAAGUUGCCUGUGUCCCGCCGUGGGGAUAGGAGCCCGCGAAACAAAUUUGGUGCGAGGGGGUAGCCGAAAUUCUGCAUUCUGCAUGUGGACGGACUGCUGGCAGCGACUCUUGGGCACCAAGCCGGGACAACCCACGAAUUUUCUCUGGUCCCAACGAGCAGUGCCGUGUGUUGGGUCUGUCUAGACUUAGAGGAGAAGGGUGUUGGUAUGGCGUGCAAGCCUUGAACGCCACAGAUGUGAUGAUGGUUGGUGCUUUUGCUUGCGGCGAAGGGUUCCGGUGCGGUCUAUUGUAUGUUGCAUGUGGUAAACUUAAUGCUGCGCGGGGAGAAGUUGCGAAAAGCGCCCUCCUCCCACUGGGUGAGUGAUGUUGAUGGAUUAUCCUGCCAAGAGACAUCCUUCCAAGAGCUGCUUCGAUCGGGGGAGGCCACCCGAGAGACUAGCACGUCAUUGUAAGACAGCCUGUAAAGAUUAAGAUUUUCCCUUGUGGGACCGUCGUGAGACGAAUAAUGGGGACCUCUCAACGUGCACUUGGAACCGCCGCGAUUGGGUGCAUAGGCUGUCUCCUGAAAGUGUAACAACAAUGUUUUGUGUGUGUUGAGGGUACUAAAGUUGCUGCUGUCGACGUCGUGGUGGUUUAUCUUUCUUUCACUCGCUGUGUUUUCGGUAAAUUAUUGUCUUGUUUGUGGUUAUUUGUGCUAUCUUUGUCUCGCGGGACGCCUUCCUUCCGUGGUCACAGCCCAACUACCGUACCGUACUGCACAGAAAAACGGUGAACUUGGGUGCGCGCUGGUCCCGGUUCCUUUAGGAGACCGAGACGGUUUCUAGAGGUUUCACAGAACGGUAAAAAAGAAAGUGCCUGUCGCUGUUCACUCCGAAGCUCCGAACCACGGGCUUUUUUGAGCCGAACGCCCGAGGCACAAGGAAUCGGACCACCGGCCGUCCUGCACUAUUCUAGACGCCCUCAGCAAGUUUGAGCUUGAUUGGAACCUCCUCAUUAAAGUUUGACUGUGUCGGUGACCGGCCUCCUCAAGGACGAAAACACGAGCAUGCAGCAGAUGCUGUCGGCACCAAAUUGCGCCGCUCUCGACGAAUUUGUGCCCAACCGUUGCCUAUCCGCCAUCAAAUGAAAGCCCCGUCAAAUCUACAGCCCGAUCGACUAGUCCUUCGACGUUGGAAUAGCUGUUGUGUCAACCAACUUUACCUGCCAAUUAGAGGGCUCGGGCCACACUGCUGCAACCUCUCGACGAGGAAGAAUGUUCCGCCGCAUUUAUUUCGCACGCACCAAGCUGAAAAGCGAAACGCACACAAUUUGUCUAAUUGAUGAUUGAUGGAUGAGUGAUGUCCCCCCGCAUUUCGACAGCAGUUACUAUUUUUAUUACGGCGCGCGCAUAAAUACACGUUCGUUCUGCUUUGGUUGGAAGUGGGAUGACCCACUCCGAGGCCGGGAUUAGCCUGCCAACGACAGGGUCGGGGCACAUCUCUGUCUUGUGCCCCACGGAGGCUGUAUAUUUCUCCGGGUUUCGAUCGUCACAGCAGGGUUUUGUUCUGGUUUUACGCGCGCGCAUAUUAAUAAUAUAGACUAGUCUACGUUCUUCGGCUCCAUUGAAUUUUUUCUUGCCCAUCCAUUGUUGUUGUUGUUGUUGUCUUCACAUUAAAAACCGUUCCGAUCUCUCUCUACCCAGUACCUUCGUAUUUCCGUCCCUCUUGAGUUGUCAACUAUUUUCCGUUUUUUUCCCGGAUGUAGGAUUUCUGUUCGAUACGGUGUCAGGGGUACCAGGGAAGACGGGGCCGAGUUUUGUUUGAUUUCGGGUGGAAGAGGUUGGGGUUUUGUUCGUUUUUCGCCAUCUAUCAUCUAAGUGAAAAACCAAGCCGCCUGCCUGCUUUCGCGUCCCGGAAACCUCUUUUUCGUGGAUCGACCAAACCAUCUGCUCAGCCCACGAACGGAAACAACUGCGCCAGCCUCCUUCCCAUUUAUCAUUGAUAGAGGAAUACGACGGAAGCACGCGCGCGUAUUGUUAUACUUCUGCUUUUUUUGCGUUCGGAACGUUUCAGGUUCAGGGGGGCGGUGCAGGCUACCGGAAACAGGUGCGCGGAGAGCGGCGGCGGGAUCUCCACCGGCAACGGAGGACUCACCACGUGAGUUGGCAAAAGAUGGGCGACACUUGCUUGCGCACCGUGUUGUCUGUGCUACGAGGUCUUGCUUUGGAUUUCUUGGGGAGGGGUGUGAGGGGUAAAGCAUGGAACAUUAUUGCGCCGCCAUCGACAAUGUGUGUUCAAGGUACCUUUUUUGUCAGCGACACUUAGAGAGAGAGAGAGGGCUGACUCCAAAACGUCAUAUACACUGAACACACGCACACAGACACCAAAAUUGUGUCAUGUUCCACGUUGUGCAGCUCUCCUGUUGUUGCUUGUUUUCUUGUCUUGAUCCGGGCGGCGGAGGCGAUGUCCCUCCAAGGUCAGGAACAUUGUCAUCUCGGUGAUAUAGUCGUUGCUGGGUGAAAAAGCCGUUGGUAUCAUCUCUUCUCACCUGGAGCCAACGACGUACGCGCUCAUUCCUCCACCUGUCGUUCCAGCGUCGUUGGACUGGAUCGUAACCCACCCGUAGAACCUUCAGGAGACGACCAACAAAGGGGGAAGAGGGGAAACCGAGACCACAGACGCAUAAAGAAGUCAAGAUUUCGUGCAUGAGAAACAAGCUUGCACGACAUUGGGGAUGGAACGGGGAAAAGGAGAUAAGAGACGCUCGAAAGUUUUUAUUUUUUUUGUUGCGAACUAUAUAGAAACGAAGAGAGUUUUCGUGUGUUAGUAGCCGAGGGCAUGAGUUUUGGUUGGUCAAAUUUGUGCUAGGCGUACACGAAGUAUGACGUUGGAUACAACGUGGAGCACCCGAGAACUUUUGAGCUCCGGUGUGGCCGCAACAACGGUCACCCGCCCGUCCCGCUCCUCUUCUCGACCAACCUCCCCCCCCCUUUUUGCGGCACUAUCGCUCGCUCCUCGAGUAACCAAGCCGCUCUCUCUGCUUUGCUGACGCCACCUUUUUCUUCCUUUCUUUGCAGCGACGGUGGCAGCGUGAUUGAGUUCCGCAAGCCGGCAAGGGUGGACAUCAGCAUCAACGAGAGACGGGGGUGAGCUCCAACAAUAUUUGGGGCCGGAUAGAUAGAUACCGUGGGUAGCAAGCACGAACAUCGGCUGCAUUACAACGCAGUCCACCCUCGCUCGUUCGGAGGUAGACGUAGCUCCUCCCUUGUCCCAUCGCACAUAGCACCGAACGGCCGUCGAUGCGCGACGCGUUGUACGUUUAGUUUGUCGAAGAAACGCCCUUGCCAACUCCCUGCUCCCUCCCUUCCCCCUCAACGCUUCCCCCUUGUCCGUCCCGCGACGUGUUUGUGCCUGUUUUUUUUUUGCCACCUACGGAAAACAUGUUCGUCCUGCAUCAAAUGCCGCGGCGGCACUGACCUACCUGUCUGUACCUGCCGCCACCGUGUAUUUACUUCGGGGUCGAUCAUUAUCAUCAUCCGUGACUUUUUCACGCGCUGAAAAAAUUCUGGCGGAAACAGGACGAAUUGGGCUGCAACAGCGUCUACGUCGACGAGACCUCCAGUAUCAUCGGCUUCAACGUGGACGAUGUCUGCGAAGAGUCGUGAUGUCUCACAACAACACCAACAAACACGUUGGGGAUCCCAGAGGCCCCCUCUGUCUUCCAAGCCUGCGCCUGACAUUAAGCACUCAUUCAUGUACCUGUAAUUGUAACUCGAGAUAUUUGGAAGCGACAUUGUUUGUGUCCCCGCUGGGGGGAAGGGAGCCCGCGAUACGAAGUUGGUGCAAGGGGGUUGACGGAAUUCUGCAUAUGGCCGGACUGCUGGCAGCGCCCCUUGAGCACCAAUCCCGGACAACCCACGAAAUUGAUGCGGGUCGCAAUGAGCGGUGCGAUGUGUUAGCUCUGCCUAGACUUAGAGGAGAAGAGUGUUGGUAUGGCGUAAGCUUUGAACGUCACGGAAGAUGGGGAGGUGUGUUGGUCCUUAAGCUUGCGGCGAAGAUUGAUGGCGGUGAAGGUGGCAUGCGGUAAUAUGAUGCUAUGCGGGGGGAAGUUGCGAAAACCCGCUCUCUUCCCAGUGGGUGAGUGAUGUUGAUGGAUGGGUUGUCCUGCCAAGAGACAUCCCUUCCGAGAGCUGCUUCAAUCGGUAGGGGUGGCACCCCCCGAUAGACGAGCACGUCGUCAUAAGGUAGCCUAUAUGUACAAAGAUUAUGAUUUCCCCUUGUGGGACCGUCGGAAGACAUUAAUGAUGAUGGGGACCUCUCCAUGUGCACUUAAAACCGCGGUGAUUGGGUGCAUCGGUUGUCUCCUGAAAGUGCAAUUAUAAUAUUUGUGUGUGUGGAGGGCACUACACUACUGCUGCUGUCGAUGCCGUUGGUGGGGUCGGUUGUGUUGUUUUUCCUUGCAUUCAAUCAUUGAAUUAUUGUCUU